AUGUUUCUCAUCAACUCCUUCCUGGUCUUACUCCUGUUUUCGUGGGUGGAUGCCCUGGUGCAUGAAACGCGUCAAUCACAUCCUCUGUGGAAGAGAACGGAUGGAGGCUCCGGCACAUCGAUUCCUGAUUAUUUCAAACAGCAGACACGCCUGCCUAUUACAUUUAGGCUUCGUCAAAGGAAUAUUGACCGACUUCAUGCCGAGAUAAAGAAAGUAUCGGACCCCGAAGAUGAUUCUUAUGGGCAACACUGGUCCCCAGAACAAGUAUCCGAUUAUUUUUCUCCUUCAUCCGAAAGUCGCCAGGCGGUUCUAGAUUGGUUAUAUGGUCAUGACUCGGGAAUCAAGUCACAUCAAAUCGUGCAGGAUCACCAGCGCGGAUGGAUUGAGUUCCAAGGGACGAUCAAACAAGCGGAAGAUUUAUUGGAAACCACCUAUCACCUCUAUUCGAAUGGCCAAGGAAAUAGCCAUGUAGGUUGCGACUCGUACAACUUGCCUGAUCAUCUUGCCCACCACAUAGAUAUGGUGACCCCAACAGUUCAUUUCCCACCUGACCGCAAAGUUGGGCGCACUUCGGCUCCACCAACCACUGCAGAAGAUGCUACACUGCACGCCGACGUACCUCAUCGGAACAGGCGCCGAUGGCAUGCACUCUCCGAAAAAUUUGCUCUCACCAUAUGCAGUGAAUGGAUGAAUUUCGUCUGUUUAAGUUACAUGUACAAAUUUCGUGAUUAUGUUCCGCUAGCCGCGGCUAAAAACAGUCUUGGGAUAGUCGUGUUUUCGCCAAUGAAGUUGGUAUUUAGUGGCACCGAUUUACUUUAUCACACUUUCACACCGAAAGUCUUCGGAGCAAGACCUCGAGUGAAAAAUUUAGGACCGCAGCUAGGAACUCAACCCAAAGUUUUGGAACCGGAAGAAAUCUCGAAGCGUGAGGGUGAACUUUUUGAGUUAGAAAUGGAUGUAGAAUAUUCACUGCCUUUGAUAUUCCCCACACCAGUCAACAUUUACCAGGUCAACACCCACUCGACGGAAUCUAUUCAACCAUUUGAGAUACUAUUCGAAGCAAUCCUCUGCCAAAAAUCAAGUGAUCCCAAGACAAGCCAGAGUUGUGUCUUGAGUAAGCCCGCUAACGUCAUCUCUAUUUCAUAUGGAAUGAGUGAGAUUUCCUCACCUCGGUCAGCGUUGAUCCGUCAAUGCGAAGAAUAUGGUAAAAUGGCCUUGAUGGGUAUCACCGUGCUGGCUUCAUCUGGUGAUGACGGCGUAGCUGGACAUGAAGGAAAAUGCAUUGGAUCUAGCCAGAAGCUAGAAAAUGGCGGUCACCGUUUUGCUCCGGAUUUCCCUGCAACUUGCCCUUACGUCACCGCGGUUGGAGGAAGCAUGAUUCCUCCCGGGAAAGCUUGGAAUUAUCCUGAAGUUGCUCUGAACAUUCUCGAUAAAGUUACUGGUGGCGGAUUUAGCGAUGUGUUCCCUGCUCCUUGGUAUCAGAAGGAAGCAUUGAAGAAUUAUAUUCGCGACCACAAGCCACCCUAUCCAAGUGGUACUUAUAACGACUCGAUUCAAGCGCGUGGCUAUCCGGACCUCAGUGUGAAUGGUGCGAAUUUGGCUUUGACCCAUUGGCAGGGAGAAAAACGGAAUGCGACUUUUUACAAGGCCCGGGGGACGUCACUCUCCGUACAGAUCGCGGCAUCGAUCAUCACCUUAAUAAAUGAUGGGCGAAUAGCCAAGGGAUUAUCACCAGUCGGGUUCAUUAAUCCUACCAUUUAUUCGCCGAAAUUUGCAUCAGCAUUCGCUGAUAUAGUUUCCGGUACAAAUAACGGAUGUGGCACCCCAGGAUUCACAGCGGCAAAGGUAUUGGAACGCCAAGAUUUGAUGAACUCCACAGGUUAUGGGUAUAGGUUCAUAAAAGUCGAAAAACUAUUAUGCGGCCACCAUUGCAGUAUACUAGCUCUCGAGAAGCCAAUCUACUGA